AAGCCAAUCAUAAUAUGCUGCUACAGUCGAGUUGUUGCUGGAACGCUGCUCGCUUAUUUACCACCAUUUUUAGCCGAAAGUUGACCAACCAGGUGAUCAACAUCAACGCCCACCAUGUACGAGAACGACAAGUCCGUGUGUGCAAACGUUUCGGCAAAAACAGCUGGUUGUUGAGACCUUGGUUCCUGCGAUACAUUCCCCACGACGGUUAUCCUGUUAACAUUCGCUACGUGGACACAAGUCCCGACGACGACAACAGUCGACCCGUCAUCCUGUUGUUGCACGGAACUCCAGGCAGCUACUAUGACUACUUCCGUUUCAUUGCCGAUUUCGGUGAUCGAUACCGUUGCAUAGCGCCAAACUUUCCCGACUUUACACACACGAUUCGAACCGGUGGUUGUUUUUGGCAUUCAGCCGAAGAGAAAUCCGAAUUCAUUGCAGACUUGCUUGCCGAUCUCAACAUCAAAAGAGUCCAUUGUUUGGUGGCCCAUUCGUUGUCAGCGUAUGCGGCUUCUUACCUGUGGCUAUACUCGAACCAACAGCCAUACUUUGAUCUUGACUCGUUAUGUCUCAUCAGUCCGGUUGGACGUUUCAGUUUUCGGUGGCGACAACGUGUUCGAAUGCGUCUACUAAGUCAAGCAUGUCGAUUGUUGUAUUUGCGGAAAAUGAUGAUGCCCAGUAGUAGUAGUACUACGUGGCUACUACAAGGUCAUCAUAUUCCACGGACAAGCAUACUGGGAAAUAGACAUUUGGCCAUGUGGAAGGCGUUGACCGAAAAUCUGUCCAAUUACGACAGCUACCAUUUACGAUUGAGAGUGUUGUCCGGAAACCUGCAAAUACCGACCCUAUUUAUAUAUAGCUCGAAUGACAAGCUUUAUCCUGCCAUAGUCUACCAUAAUCAGCUAUAUGAACUACAAGUGGAAGGCGAUGAAUUUGAUAGAUACGAACACUACGAAAAUCGUUUGGUGCAAACAGCGGCCAUCGACCGAUCGGACAGUUGGAUACGCGUGGUCGACUUUAGUGGUGGUGGACAUUAUCUCCACAACACACACACACAUCUUAUCCACUCGUACAUUGACGAAUUGCUCAAUCGCGUGAACAUUGCACAUUGAACAU